AGCGAGGCGUGACCCAUUCGGCGAGCGCUGUGAGGGGAGUGUAUGUGUGACAGAGAGAUAAGAGGAGGGAGGAGGCGAGCGGAGGAGGAGGUGGAGGUGCCGAGCAGCAGCAGCAGCAGGAGGAGGAGGAGGAGGAGGGCGACGAGCAUCGCCACCGAAGACGCCGCCGCCGCCGCGGAACAAGCUGUGCCCUCUCGCUCGAGCCCCGCAGCCGGGUCGGCGCGCUUCCCCCAUCGCCCGUGAGCCUGGGGAACCUGCAGCUCAAAGCUUCCGCCAGCCACAGCACCAUGUAUCCCGGGAACAAGCGGAAAAAGGUCUGGAGGGAAGAGAAAGAGCGUUUGUUGAAGAUGACACUAGAGGAGAGGCGUAAAGAAUACAUACGAGAUUACGUUCCUCUGAAAGACAUUCCAACAUGGAUGGAAGAAAUGAAGAGCAAGACCCAAAGUGAUGAAAACACCCAGGAACCUUUGCUGGAGAAGAAAAAUCUGAGUGAGAAAGUCUCCCUCUACAGAGGUGAUAUCACGGUGCUUGAGAUUGAUGGCAUAGUUAAUGCUGCUAAUUCAAGUCUUCUCGGAGGUGGCGGUGUUGAUGGCUGUAUUCAUAGAGCAGCCGGCCCCUGUCUAGUCGCUGAAUGUCGCAACCUGAGUGGCUGUGAAACUGGACAAGCAAAAAUUACUUGUGGUUAUGACCUGCCCGCAAAAUAUGUCAUUCAUACUGUGGGCCCUAUAGCACGAGGACAUAUUAGUGAUAGCCAUAAGGAAGACUUGGCAAAUUGCUAUAAGUCCUCCCUGAAAUUGGCCAAAGAGAACCUCAUCAGAUCUAUUGCGUUCCCGUGUAUUUCAACAGGAAUUUAUGGUUUUCCAAACGAGCCAGCUGCAAUCGUUGCACUUACCACAAUCAAGGAAUGGUUAAGCAAGAAUUAUCAUGAGAUGGAUCGUGUCAUUUUUUGUGUAUUUUUGGAGGUUGACUACAAAAUUUACAAGAAGAAAAUGAAUGAAUUCUUCCCUGCAGAGGGAGUGGAGCAGAAAGGCCAGUCUCCUUCACCCGUGAAAUGCAAAGCAAAGCAAUCUGAGGACCUGGAGGACGAUAAUGAGGGUGACAACGUCACAGAGGCUAAGCAAAGUGCCGAUGAAAUCGAGAGUCAGAGUCAAGAAGCAGAUGAGGCAAAACCUACCGUUAUAAACAGCUCAACAGAUGGAGGAGAGAAGGAAAAAGAAUCCUCCCAAGAUGCCAAAGCUACACAAGAACAUAACCCAAUGCCUCAUGAAGUCUGUGAACAAGAUCAAGCUGACGGACACCAAGAUGAAUCCACAGAGGUUGAAAUGAACACUCAGACAGAUUCUCAAGUCUCCUACAUGGAAGCAGAAGAGACUUUGAUAACCCAGGAGGAGACCAUACCAAAAGAGAAACCACAGGCGCCCGAGGUAGAUAGAACUAAUCAAGAAAACAAAGGGGAAGAAAAAGGAGCAGAAGAAGAGAAAGGGAAACAUACUGCAGAGCCGGUGCAACCCGAAGGUCCAUGUGAUACAGAAAACAUUUCAAGUAAUGACAUUGAAAUGAAUAGUCAGGUUGAAGACAUAGAUGAACCUACAGAAUCCCAGGCAGACAAUUAAUUUGUAGACGACCAUGAUGAGAGAAGAAGAGAAGAGGAGAGUGGAACAAGAACUGCAGUCAGUGGUGCACUAUAUGACAACUUUAUGACUAGCAGACAACAGCACACCAAGGAGAGUGCGGGGUGGGGGGAGGGGGACUAAGGAGAAGGAUCCUUUACAUUCAUUUCUCUUCUUUGUUUCGUUGUUCAGUACACAACAUGAAGCUUCUCUACUUUGGUUACGAUGUCCUGGUUCAAUCUUCUUUGCUUCAACCCUGUAUGUUUUUCACCUUCUUUUGAAAACCUAAGCCCCUCUGCAGAAUAUGUAUACACACACACACACACACACACACACACACACACACACACCCUAAAUAUUAUUUCUUAGCUCUAAUACAUCUUCAAGGCAACAUAUGCAAAUGACCUUUAAACGUCGUUAAAAAUCCUCAGAGGUUUACGGGUUUGUUCCAAGGGAUUACAAAGUGCUUGCAUCAGCAGCUUCCCAAACCCAUACGCUGAUGCCGGCAAUGUUUGUAUCCUUUGCCAUACUGGUACUUGUCAGCCUGUCAAUGUCAGUGCCUCAUAGUGUUCAGCUUGUUAUACUUUUCUAUGGGCAGCGGGGAAAGUGUAAGAACUAGAAAUGCAUAGAGGCUUUAUGCUAUAGAGUUUCUAGACUAACUUGACUUUUCAUAUGACAAUCAAUUACGUAGUUAGCAAAUCCUUUGCUAAACUACUCACAGCAUGAAACAUUUUUGUACUCCAACUGUGUUGCCACACGGCCCAAUAUUUUAUUGUCUAGUAGAUAAAUAGGAACCGCUACAGCGGGAAGGUAAACGGCGUUUCCAUGUGCUGCUCUGGUUUGCCAGAAGCGGCUUUGUCAUGCUGGCCACAUGACCUGGAAGCUAUGCGCCAGCUCCCUCGGCCAAUAAUGCGAGAUGAGCGCGCAACCCCAGAGUCGGUCACGACUGGACCUAAUGGUCAGGGGUCCCUUUACCUUUACCUUUAAUGGUCAGUUAGAUACAGAACAUUACUGUCAUUUUUGGUGCCCUCUGAUGAGAGGGAGAGCUGAUAUUCUGCAUCUAGCACAUUAUAAAAUGUGGCUUCUGGCUUUAACAAUUUCUUGUCAACUCUUGUUAUAUUUUCAACUGCAUAUGCACACUUUUUAAUACAUAAAAAUGCAAUUAACAGUUAUUUGGUGACGAAUGUUGUACCAUAUGUCAUCUGUUCUGCUCGCAAAUGCUGUGCUUGACUUAAAAACAAGAAUUUUGCAUUCAUUUUUCAACCACACUGGAAAUUAAAAUGAUACCCUACUUGCAAGAUUGAAAGAACACACAGCAUGAGUCCAAGGUUUGAUAUUCUGAAAACUAUUUUCCAACUGCUGUUAAAAACAAUUAGAGGAAUGUUUUUACAUUAUGAGAUUCUGGUUUAACUUAUUAUGCAUAGACACAAUCUUCCACAGUCCUAAAAUAAUUUUAGGAAUUUUCAAAACAGCAAAACCCCAAACAAUAAAGGGGUCGUGUGUGUGUGUGUGUGUGUGUGUGUGCGCGCGCAUGCAUUUAUGUGAAAUGAAGCUAAAAUCUAUCAGCCCAUCUCUCCCCCCCCCCAGUUUUGCCAACUUGAAUUUGUAACAAAGUAGUAAACAUAUUUUAAGCUUCCACAAUUGUAUAUGGAAAUAUGAAUUAGUUUACCGCAUGCCACAUAGGUGGGUUACCAAGCCAAGGCUGCUGUUUCCAUUGUGAUCUAUAGUUGUGUUGCCAAUUAAGCAACAUUUAUGUAUGGGCAGGGGGAAGAAACACUGUGCUAUGAAAAGAUGGCACCGUCCAUUGCUAAUUUCAACUGUCAUUUUCAACCAUCCGUUGCGGUGAUGUCCAGAAAGUAAGAUUUUUUCCCAUCUGGAUUCACACAGGCAUUAAUGAAAUCAGCAUUAAUAUGAACCUCGGUUCCCUGUAUAAUAAAUUGUAUGGGUUACAUUUAAAUCCAUGCCGUCUGAUAUUUUGCUAUACUUACCGUGUUUCUCAUAUUUUAAGGCAUCCCCAAAAAAUAAGCCAUGACAGGAUUUCUAAGGGUUGGUGAAAAAUAAGACAUACCCCGAAAAUAAGCACUAUCGCAAAGCCCCGACCGAGCGAGAGGCGAAGGCGCGGGACCCAGCAGGAGCUCCCUGCCUGCUUCCCCGAGCCGUAGCGCAUCGGGGGACAGAGCCGAAGAUCGGCGGGCGCUCCUUGCUGGGCUUG